ACUCGUUUCUGUACUUGCUUGCCACACCAGCCUGGUAUAUUAUAAGGGACAAACUACCUGCUGAGCCUGCCCGUGUACACAACCUCCAAGAUGUCUCGUCUGCUGCGGCCGGCUGGUGCUCUACUGAACAAUUACACAAACAAGACAUCUCUGGUCAAGUCAGCAAGAUGGAGGGCUACAGCUGUCAGUGCAAGUUAUGAACAAACUCUCCUUAAUGUGCCACCUACUAGAGUUACUGUGCUGGAUAAUGGCUUCAGGGUAGCAAGUGAGGAUUCAGGAGCCCCAACAGCUACUGUGGGUCUGUGGAUUGAUACUGGUUCUCGAUUUGAAACUGAUGCUAACAAUGGUGUGGCCCACUUCUUGGAGCAUAUGGCUUUUAAGGGUACAUCGAAGAGAUCUCAGACCGACCUCGAGCUAGAAGUGGAAAAUAUGGGCUCCCAUCUUAAUGCCUAUACCUCCAGGGAACAGACAGUUUUUUAUGCAAAGUGUUUCUCCCAAGAUGUGCACAGGGCUGUUGAGAUUCUUUCAGACAUCAUUCAGAACAGCAAGUUUGGAGAGGCAGAAAUUGAGCGAGAACGUGGCGUGAUCUUGCGUGAGAUGCAAGAGGUGGAAAGCAAUCUUCAAGAGGUGGUUUUUGACCAUCUUCAUUCUGUAGCAUUUCAAGGAACUCCUUUGGGACGUACAAUUCUUGGACCAACAAAGAACAUAAAGUCUAUCAGUCGAGCAGACCUGGUUGAGUACAUCACAACCCACUACAAGGGCCCACGAAUUGUGUUAGCAGGUGCUGGUGGUGUAGAUCACGACUCUCUAGUAAAGAUGGCAGAGGAGCACUUUAAGGGCCUGGGUAUUUCUUACGAAGGUGAUCCUCCAGAAAUUGCACCAUGUCGUUUUACAGGUUCAGAAAUUCGUGUACGUGAUGACAGCAUGCCUCUAGCUCACAUUGCUAUGGCAGUGGAAGGUGCUGGUUGGGCUGAUGCAGACAACAUACCACUCAUGAUUGCCAACACCAUUGUCGGUUCCUGGGAUCGCACCCAUGGUGGAGGUUCUCACAAUGCUUCCAACCUUGCCCAGGCUUCUGUUGCAGAGAAUCUUUGUCACUCAUUCCAGUCAUUCAAUACCUGCUACAAGGACACUGGCCUGUGGGGAAUAUACUUUGUUUCCGAGCCAAUGAAAAUUGAUGACUUCAUGUACAACUUGCAGUCUGAAUGGAUGAGAUUGUGCACUAAUGUUACCGAGUUUGAAGUUGACCGUGCCAAAAACAUUUUGCGCACAAACUUGCUGCUGCAAUUGGAUGGCACAACCCCUGUGUGUGAAGACAUUGGUCGCCAGAUGUUGUGCUACAACAGGCGCAUUCCUUUACAUGAGCUAGAUGCUAGAAUUGAGGCUGUGAAUGCAGAUGUUGUGAGAGAGACAUGCUACAGGUACAUCUAUGACAGGUGCCCAGCUGUUGCUGCUGUUGGGCCGUGCGAGGGGUUACCAGACUACAACCGUAUUCGCUCUAGCAUGUACUGGCUAAGAGUGUAAAAAUAUUAAUUAGCUUUUGAAAUGUAUAACCUAAUUUUUCAUCCUAACAGUUUUCUAUAUUGGCAAAAUGUAGCUUGAACACUUAAUUUAUGAAGAAAGAUUUUGCAUGUGAAAAUUAUCUUGUGUAUAUAUAUAUAUAUGGCAAGACUUUUAUUGUACAUAAUGUUUAAAUUGUGAAAUUACAAGGAUGAAAUGUUAA